ACAGCGGCUGCGGCAUUUCUCACGCCAGCUCCAGCCACAGCUUGCCGGCAGUCAGUAACGUCGGGCUCCCUGCCUGUCACCAUGGACGUCUUCAAGAAGGGCUUCUCUAUCGCCAAGGAGGGUGUGGUAGGUGCUGUGGAGAAGACCAAGCAGGGGGUAACAGAAGCUGCUGAGAAGACCAAGGAGGGUGUCAUGUAUGUGGGAGCCAAGACCAAGGAGGGUGUUGUGCAGAGUGUGACCUCAGUGGCUGAGAAAACCAAGGAGCAGGCCAAUGCUGUGAGUGAGGCCGUGGUCACCAGCGUCAACACUGUGGCCAACAAGACCGUGGAGGAGGCAGAAAACAUCGUGGUCAACACUGGGGUGGUGCGCAAGGAGGACCUGGACCAACCUGUUCCCCCGGAAGAGGAUGAAGCGGCCAACGUGGAAGAGGAAGUGGCUGAAGAGACCAAGAUGGGAGACUAGAGGACAUCCGGUCAGCCAUGAAGGCCUCACGGAGCACCCCUUUGCCUUGGACCUCACCCCCUUGUGGUGCGAGGAGUGCCUGCCCUGAAGUGUGAGCUUCAAGGCUGUGUCUGAGCCCACACCCCACACUCACAGGCCUGCCUUUCAGCGCUGCCUCUGCCUCCCAACCUCUGGUCCUUCUGACUCCACAGAUGUGGCUGUGAUUUUUUUUUUAUGAUCCCAAAUAAAACUUAUGUUCCCACCCUGGUCA